AUGCUGAACAUCGAAACGCACGCGGACGAUUCGUUCUCGCAGGAGCAGGAGUUCUCCUUCACCGAAUCCUCGCUGAUCACGUCGGUGAGCGCGCCUUCUUCGCGACAGAACUGCUUCUUCUACGCCUCGAUGAACUCCAUUUCCCUCGUCGAUUCCCGCGUCUACAAGCCCGUCACGCGCAUUCCCGUCAACAGCUCGCUCGGAGUCAUCACCAGCCUCGCUUACGGUUCGCUUCUUUUCGGCUCCUCACCUCCAGACAGCGCCAGCGAGAUUUUGGUGGCGUCCACUUCGCGCGGAUCGAUCCAAGUGUACAACAUGCGCUACCCGCUGCUCGUUAAUCUCUGGCAGCAGUCCGACCAGGCCUCCAUCACGCGAACUCGCCUGGGCCAGCGGCUGGAGUCCAUUCCGACGCUGUGGACCGCGAGCGGAAAUAACCGCGUGUAUCUGUGGAAUCUGGAGUCGGGAGAGUGCUGCCGCUCGCUGCAGGUCGGCGAGCAGUCCGCUGUGGAAUUGAACCACGUGUCGCUGAAGAACUUGAACGAAUCGACGUUCGGAUUGGUGGAUAGCCACAUGCCCGUCUAUCAACACAGCAUCAACGCGAUGGUCAUGCCGCCCUAUCUGAACUCUUACUCGCCUUACGAUCCGAGCUAUGUGCUGACUGCUGGAGGCGAUCGCUGCGUGCGAUUCUGGAGCUUCGAAGAGUCGGAGCCGUCGUACACGGUGUGCAGCGUGGAGAAGAGCGGCGUGGAGGACUACUACAAGAUGGAAGGAACGGUUUGCAAGUGCGUGGAGGCGAAGAGGGACAUCGCGACGUCGUCGAGAAGCAGCGAAGUGCAUCCAGUGCAUCCGAAGGCGAUUACGGAUAUGGUGGUGACUGGAAACGAGAAGGAAGAAUUGCUGCUGACGAGCUGCAUGGACGGAGUAAUUCGAAUUUGGAAGUAG